AUGGCCUCGAGGCCUGUCAUCCUCCUGAUCCCUGGGUCUUUCAGCAUUGCAGCCAUGUAUUACCCUCUUCAGGACAUCCUGGUCGCACAAGGUCACGAGGUGUACGUGAACAACCUGCCAUCGGCGAGUCGGAACGCCCCAGAACCGCCCGCAAGUUUGCGUGACGAUACACAGUUCUUCAGCAACAUCAUCGGAAAGAUUGCGGACCAGGGAAAGGAUGUAAUUGUCCUUGGCCAUUCAUAUGGUGGCCUAGUUGCCUCUGAAUCUGCCAAAGGCCAUAGUAAGGUGGAGCGGUGCGCCAGAGGCCAGAAAGGGGGUAUCACCAGGAUAGUCUUCCUGGCUGCUAUUGUCCUGCAAGAAGGACAAUCACUAGUCGGCCAUCAAGGCAAGCCUCCACCAUCGAUCGUAAAGACUGAUGAGAACGGAUUCAUGAGACUUGCCGAUCCUGCCUUGUCCGGUUCCCACAUGUAUGAUGAUUGGCCAGAAGAACGAGCGCUUGCCUGGGCAAGAGCUGCGCCAAAGCAUUCCGCUCUCAGCUUUGCUAGCGUGGUGACCUAUACCGCUUUCAAGGACAUACCUUCUUCUUACAUCUUUUGCGAGCAAGACAAGGUUGUGCCUCCUGCGUUGCAGGCACAAUACAUCGAGAACAUAAAGAUUGUGGCUGGCAGGGAUGUGGACAUACAUAAGCUGAACUCGAACCAUGUGCCGAAUCUGACCGCGACUGAGAUUCUCGCAGAGCUAAUUCUGAAGAUUGCCGCAACUUCAUAG